GCAGCGCGGAGCAGUCAGCAGCGCACUCGGGCGCCGCCGCUUGGGACAUGCCGUCCCGGCCGCCGCCGUGCCCCGCGCUCCCCGGGCUGCUGCUGCUGCUGCUGCUGCUGCUGCUGCUGCUGCGCCCCGCGCGGCCCGGGGCCGUGGGCGCCGCGCCCUUCGAGCCCAGUUGGGAGUCGCUGGACGCGCGCCCGCUCCCGGAGUGGUUCGACGCGGCCAAGUUCGGCGUCUUCAUCCACUGGGGCGUGUACUCGGUGCCCAGCUUCGGGAGCGAAUGGUUCUGGUGGUAUUGGCAAAACCAAAAGAUACCAAAAUAUGUGGACUUUAUGAAAGAUAAUUACCCUCCAGAUUUUAAAUAUGAAGAUUUUGGACCACUCUUUACAGCAAAAUUUUUUAACGCCAGCCAGUGGGCUGAUCUUCUGCAGGCGUCUGGCGCCAAGUACGUUGUCUUGACUUCUAAACAUCAUGAAGGCUUUCCCUUGUGGGGCUCGGAGUAUUCCUGGAACUGGAACGCUGUGGACGAGGGGCCGAAGAGGGACAUUGUCAAGGAACUCGAGGUGGCUGUUAGGAGCAGAACCAACUUGCACUUUGGACUAUACUAUUCUCUUUUUGAAUGGUUUCAUCCACUGUUUCUUGAGGAUAAAUCCAGUUCCUUCCAAAAGCAGAAAUUUCCAGUAGCUAAGAUGCUGCCGGAGCUCUAUGAGUUAGUGACCAGGUACCAGCCCGAGGUUCUGUGGGCUGAUGGAGAUGGAGGUGCGCCUGAUUCCUACUGGAACAGCACUGGCUUCUUGGCGUGGCUGUAUAACGAAAGCCCAGUUCGGGACACAGUGGUCACCAAUGAUCGCUGGGGAGAUGGCUGCAUCUGCAGGCACGGUGGCUACUACACCUGUGCUGAUCGCUACCACCCAGGGCAUCUGCUGCUACAUAAGUGGGAAAACUGCAUGACAAUAGACCAGCUUUCCUGGGGCUACAGGAGGGACGCUGGAAUCAGUGAUUAUCUUACAAUUGAAGAACUGGUCAAGCAACUCGUGGAGACAGUUGCAUAUGGCGGAAAUCUUCUGAUGAAUAUUGGGCCCACACUGGAUGGAACCAUUUCUGCAAUUUUUGAGGAGCGAUUAAGACAAAUGGGGGCCUGGUUAAAAGUCAAUGGGGAAGCCAUUUAUGACACCCACACUUGGCGAUUCCAGAAUGACACUUUCACCCCAAAUGUGUGGUACACAUCUAAACCUAAGGAAAAAUUAGUCUAUGCCAUUUUCCUUAAGUGGCCCAUUUCAGGACAGCUGGUUCUUGCCCAACCCAGUGGUAUUCCAGGGGAAACAGAGGUUGAACUACUGGGACACGGACAGCCACUCCCCUGGACUUCUUUCAAGCCCGCUGGCAUGGUGGUGCAGUUGCCUCAGCUCACCAUUCAUCAGAUGCCCAGUAGAUGGGGCUGGGCUCUCAGACUCUCGAGUGUGAUCUGAUAUGCAGCCAAGAGGCCAAUGCUGCAGUUACCUCAGCCCUUGGAAAUCUCAGGUUUCUGUAGGCGUACUAUAUGGAGAAUGCUAAUGUAAAAUGGAUCAAUGCAAAAUCAAGUAAUUAUUUAGGAAAAUUCUUUCCUAAUUUAUUUCCAAAAUGUUCCCAAUUUAUGUUACUAUUUUAAUUUUUCAAUGUACUGUGCCACUGAAGUCUCUUCAUAGUGAUUUUUUUUUCCAUGUGUGUCCAUUUCCAUUUCUAGGUGGAAAUGUUUUUGUCUUGUCUUAGCUGGAAGCUGUUGUGCUAUCAGUUAAAAUCUGACCCCCACACCCUGGAUUCUUACAUUGAAGCCCUAGCCCCCAGUGUGACUAUAUUGGGGAAGAGCCUUUUUUUUUUUUUGGUGGAACUGGGGAUUGAACUGAGACCCUUGCACUUGCCAGGGAAGUGCUUAUUCUACUGAGCCAUCUCCCAGGCCCAGAAAAAGCCUUUUUAAGAGGUAAUUAAGGUUACACAAGGUCAGAAGGGUGAGCCUCUAAUCCAGCAGGACAGACUUUCUUAUCAAGGAAAGAAACUGUGGAGAUGGGAGGACACAGGAUGCUUUGUGAAAAGAUACAUCAGGGCGAUCAUGGCCAGGCCAAACCCAGCGGUGCUGGAAGCAUCCAAACCUGCUGACACCCCAGUCUUGAUCUGGGACUUCCGGCCUCCAGAACUGUGUGAAAUAAACUUCUGCAUAAGUUGUCCAGGCUGUGGUUUCUGUUAUGGCAGCCCCGGCUUACAGUUUAGGAGGUAUGUAACAUUGCCAAUGCAUGUAGAGAUUUUUUGUAAACAUAAUUAUCUUUU